AUGCUGAUGUUCAUCAACUUCUCCGAAUGGAUGGAGCAGUUCAUUCUCAUCAUACGGGGAAUUUGGCCAGAGCUGUAUGAGGUUGACGUGGAGAUUGCAGUACUCCUGGCCGUGAUCAACACUUCUGUGCCACUUCUCUACAUAGUGGUGCAGACUCCCAAUUGGAGUUGUCGCAAGUCGUCCCUCCAAAUUAUGCUUGGCAAGUCGAUGCCCUGGUUUUGUCACGGCCCUGCUUUGGAUCUUCUUUGUGAUCUACCUGGUUUGGGGCUGCCACAUGACAUGCUUUCCAUUGCACGUGGACAAAGCCAAUGA